CAGUCUACUUCCGAGAUAACACGCGACGGCGGUGGCCGCGGCGGACACCGGUCACUCUGCGAGUGUCGGACGUUCGUUUGCUCCGAUCGGUUUUUAAUUUAAUAAAAAUCCCGAAUACUAUUUAUUUGUAAAAAAAUUAUAUUCAACUUUUUAUAUUUAUAACUACGUAUAUUUUAAUAUAUUUAAUAUUUAUAACGCUCCCGACGAAAAGAUUAAAUUUUUUCUCUACUGAACAUAAUACAAUAUUCGUACGAAUUUCUAUGUAUUUUUUAAUGUAAAGUAUCAUAUUUUCUCGGUUACAUUUUAUAUACGUAGGUCUACGGACGAUUGUCGUUUAAAUAUUGUUUUUUCUCUCCAAAACUCCGUUCGAAUAAAAAUAUUAUCAGACACGUUUAUCGUAUUACUGUCGACCGAACAGCGUGUAAUCAAUAUCGGUGACGAAUCGUGUUUUCUAUAAUACAAAUUGGUAUAAUAAUAGUAUUAUUAUUUAUUAUAAAUAAUUAUUAUUAUGCGUGUCCGGUAGUGUUUUUCUGAAGAGCGUUUCGUUGUGUCGCGUCGUGGUGACUUGCGUGUACUCUUGUUCGAGAAACAUGAUGUCAUGGCCUACGGACGCAAAUCGUCGGUAUUGUCGUAAGUCGUAAGCGUCCAAAAAUAACCCCCCGGCGCCUGAACAGCCCUUGUCGAGCCGCCUUCGACGGGAAAAAUGAACAACUUUAUGGAUUAUUUCGUCACCAAAGAGAACUACACGAACCGCGGCCACUGGGCCCGGGCCAGACACGUUUCCGAGACCGAAAGCGAGUGUUCAGCUGCUGAACGGGCCGAAGAAACCGCCAGACAGAAUGCCAGCUCUCCACCUUUGGCCAUGGGACCCGUACAAACCACCGAUGACGACGGCAUAUCGUUUUGUGAAUACCACGAUUUACCUCCGCCCCCCGAUGGAGGAUAUGGUUGGGUAAUAGUGUUUGCCAGCUUUAUGUGUAACAUGGUCGUAGAUGGUAUCGCAUACACAUUUGGUGUUUUCCUUGGAGAAUUUGUCAAAUAUUUCGGGGAAGGCAAAGGCAAAACUGCAUGGGUGGGCAGUUUACUCUCUGGAAUGUAUCUCAGUGCUGGUCCUGUGGUCAGUGCAUUAACCAAUAAAUAUGGAUGUCGUGUCGUGUGUAUGGCGGGAAGUGUCAUUGCAGCAGUAGCUUUUGCGCUCAGUACACUGUCACCUAAUGUCAAUGUCUUGAUGCUGACUUACGGAGUUAUGGGUGGUAUUGGAUUUGGCCUGAUUUAUUUACCAGCUGUUGUGUGUGUCGGCUAUUAUUUCGAGACCAAACGGUCAUUAGCCACUGGCAUUGCUGUAUGCGGUUCAGGGUUCGGUACUAUGGCAUUUGCACCUCUGGCCAACAUACUCCUCGAGCAUUUUGAUUGGAAGCAAUCCAACCUAAUUUUAUCUGGACUUAUAUUAUCAUGUGGCUUAUUUGGCGCUUUGAUGAAACCAUUGGAAUAUCCGAAUGAAGGCUGUAAACCGUUACUUCAGCGCAUGGCAGACGAAAAGCGCAUGCAAAUGGAACGAGGAUCUAUUGGCGGAUCAUAUUUUAUUGUGCAACUCAAAGACGGAUCGUUAGAGAAGAGACAAAAGUUACCAUUGAACAUCGAUCCUGGUGUUCAUUCUAGUUUUAAUCUAGAUGAGUUAGUUGGUAGUACGGGAUCUCCAAUCACGCCGAUACCAACAAUGGCUGUCUUACCUACUAUUAGAGAAGUUAAAGCUCCAGAACAAAGUGGCUCCAGUAAUAGCUCUAGCAAUGCCGGAAGCGGAGAAUUAAAAUCUGAAAAGAAAAAAGACGAAACGAAACCGGGGGACGCUGGACAAAAUGGCGAUAAGCCAACUAAUGGCGAAAAACCUUCAAAUGGGGAAACCAACAGCGAAUUAAACGAAGUAAAAGCCGCUAUUCCUAGAAACGCAUCUCAACCGGCAUUCACAACUCAUGUGCAAGGUUUACCAAAGAAUGGAUCCGUGCCAUUUUUUGACAGAAUACGCAAAACUAGUGCUAGUGAAAGAUAUCGGCCAACUCUAGGUCCCAUUAAAGUAUCUAGACCAAAUUUAAAUUCUAACGGAGAUAUACGAAAAUCGAUACACUUGAGACUGUCAAACGUUUCCAUUCUUGGCGGCAGCAAGAACAAUAAUGCUGAAGAUAUGUGGUCAAAUGUUGACACUGAUAGUAUAGGAUACACUUCAUCAAAAACUAGCAUUGGUGGCCACAGACGAGAGACUGUACGGCCAAUGUCUAGAAAAGACAUAUUUUAUUCUGGAAGCGUACUUAAUUUGCCAGAAUACCGUUCUCAAAAAUCAUUAGCUAGUUAUCGUCAGAGUAUUUUAUCAUUACCCAAAUCUAUGAUGAAGGACAACGAUAAAGACGACGAUGAAGAAAUAGAUGAAGGUUGCUGUCCGUGUCUUCCUGAAUCUAUAAAUUCUGUAUUAUCUUCCAUGAUGGAUACAAGUUUGCUCAAAGAUCCAGUGUUUAUGACCAUCGGUAUAAGUAACGUUUUUGGCAUGGCAGGACUUUAUGUGCCCUUCGUUUAUUUAGUAGAUUAUGCUACAGAAGCAGGUAUCGGUAUCGAUUCGAAACAAGCAUCAUUCCUCUUAUCCAUAAUCGGUAUAACUAAUACCAUCGGUCGUGUAGUCUGCGGUUUUGUUGCUGAUUUUCCCUGGGUAGAUUCAUUGUUGUUGAACAACAUAUGUUUGCUGAUAAGUACGGCCGCUGUUGCUGCGACUCCGUUUUGUGUUACCUAUACUCACUAUGUUAUUAUGUCCGUCUUUUUUGGUAUCGCUGUUUCCGGCUACAUAUCGUUGACAUCCAUUAUUCUCGUAGACCUCUUGGGUCUUGACAAAUUAACCAAUGCCUUCGGUUUGCUGAUAUUGUUCCGUGGCGCAGCAGCAAUUGUGGGAUCCCCUCUUGCCGGCGCCAUUUAUGAUUGGAAAAAAUCGUAUGAUUGGCCGUUUUUUAUGGCAGCAGUGUUUUUCCUCAUCUCGGCUAUAACUAGUUUUAUGGCAGCUCCGUUGAAACGGUAUAUAGACCUAAGACAAAUGGCCAUACCACAAGAGGAGGAUGACGCGCUAACACCUAUCGACGAAGAUGACGAAGAGGACGAUGAAGACGAUGACAACAACCAUCAUCAGGUUCCUACCAUAAUCGAAACAGCUCCCACGCCCAACAAACAGCCACUACAAGAAAUUAAAGAAAUAGAAUCUGUAGUUUAAACAAAAAAAAUUAUAUAAAUAAACUUUUGAUAAGUUUUAUUUUUCCAAUUAUAAGACGAGCGUUCAUCUAAUUUUGUAAGCAUUUAAGCAAUUUUUUUUUCUACAUUAGCAUUUCUCAAGCAAAAGAAAAAAACAAAGAAAUAUUUUUAUGUAAAUAAUAAUUGUUUUAUUUCUGAAUAAAGAGAUUUCCCAUUUAGUUAACAAUUAUAUAUGCCCAAACAUAAGAAAAUUGUCUAUGUAUGUAAAUAAUAAAAGUAAGAAGUGUUCGACUAAUUUAAAUAUUGAAUUAUAUAAGUAUUUUUUUUAAUUUUUUCUUAACAAACUUUAUUAUGAGAUUAUUUUAAAAUACAACAGUUAAGCAUGUAGGGUUUUAUACAUGUAUAUCUAAUAUGUAUGUACAUACAUUUAUUAUAUAAUAUAUUAUUAAUGCAUGUGUGUGUGUAUAUAACAUAUUGUAUACACAUUUUAAAAUAUUAUAUAUAAUAUAAAUUAAUUAUGAUUUUUUUCAAAUGCAUUGUGCCAGUUAUGAAACACGUGUAGAAGCUGUGAUAACUUCUUAAUUUUUAUUUUUAUCAAGGGGCAUUUAAUUUUAAGUCAUCUAAGUGUUAAAAAAUAAAACUUACCUAUUUUUUUCUUAACAAGUUUACUCGUACUUGCGUAUUCUACUUUUAAUAACAUUUAAUUGAAAAUAAUUUAUAAAUUUCGCUUUGUAAAUACCUAUUAUUUUGAAACCAUUCUAUUUUAAGGUUUUUUUUUUAAGUAUACU